AUGGCCAUCCUUCUCACUGGCGGUACGGGUAAGACCUCUAUCCGCGUCGCUUCCCUCCUGCAAGAUGCAAAAGUGCCCUUCUUACUAGCUUCUCGUCGAGGUCAAGCUGCGGCGCCAGAGGGAAUGCCCGCGGUCAAGUUCGACUGGUUAAACCCUUCAAGUUAUGACGACCCUUUCAAGUAUCGCUUCCCGGACCAGGAAAAGAUAUCUGCAGUCUACCUCGUCUCCCCGGAGAUACCUGACCCUGCACCUCCAAUGAACGCCUUCAUCGAUCUUGCAGUUGAAAAGCAUCAAGUCAAGCGAUUUGUUCUCUUGGCGGGUAACUCGGUUGAGAAGGGCAGUCACCAUGUUGGCAAAGUUUGGCAGCACUUGAUUGAUAUUGGGGUGGAAUACUGUGUGGUUCGUGCGACUUGGUUUAUGGAGCAGGAACAUCUGACCACAAUCAAGAACGAGAACAAGCUCUAUACAGCUUGCGGGGAUGGCAAGGCUCCGUUCAUUAGUGCCACUGACAUCGCAGCAGUGGCCUUUCGCGCACUAACCGACAAGGCCCCGCAGCGUUGCGAUUACCGACUGUUAGGACCCGAACUGUUGAGUUACGACGAGAUCGCUGUAAAACUAAGCAAUGGCUUAGGGCGCAAGAUUGACCAUGUCAGGCUAUCUGCCGAGGACAACGUUCAGAGAUACAUCGAGGCUGGCUGUCCCGAACAUUAUGCCGCAUUGCUGACUCUAUUGGAAACUAUGACGGCGCAAGGGACCGAGGAGAGAAUGAACAAUGAUGUUGAAAAAGUGACGGGGCGACCGCCGAUAACAUUUGAUGACUGGGUGCAAGUGCACAAAAGCAUAUGGCGGUGA